UUGUAUUGCAUCUCCGUGACGAGCCUCUAGCAUUACACUCCCGCUCAUGACUGUGUUAGUGUGAUUUGUCGUGGCACAUUACCUACUGCACCGUAUUCCGGGCAUGCCGUAGAACAUUCUGGUGCAUGUAUGGACGCGGAAAGCCAUGGUGUAGUGCCAGAAUGGGGAGUUGUGAUGGGUAGCUUCUGUGGCGGCUACGUAGCGUCUGUAUUUGGUACACCUUGAUUCCUUACCUGAUGGAGGCGUUCUCUCCCUUACCCGUCACUACUACAUCUUCCAACCAAGACACAUAAAAUUGAUGCUUUUCAGAUGAACAUUAUGGACAUUGGCUCAGAAACCUUUGUUUUUCUAUGAUGAAUAUUGAUAUUGCAUAGUGAAUUAAAAAGAUAUAAUUGCUAAAAUUUUGAAGUGUGGCAACAUGGUGUAAUUCAUAGAUUCUCUGAAAGUCAGUGGCAGUCAUUUCAAAAUGUGAAGAAUGCAUGUUCACAUGUGAAAGAUGUGAAGAAAUGAAAGUGCAGAGAAAUUCAGUGGUGUGAUACAUAAAGAAGUACAAGAGCAGAGUGCAUAGGCCAAAUGAGUAAAGUUAAGGAACCCAAGAUGGACUCCCGCUCCCUGGAGAAGCGGCUAUCUGUGGUGCGGGAGACUUCGGAGGAUAUCCAGUCAUUGUCUCGGUGGUGUCUCCAGCACAAGAACCACCAUCAUUCAAUCAUCCAUGCCUGGUCCAGGGCUGUUCGGAAAUCAAAGGUGCCCCAUCGGCUGACUCUUUUUUACGUGUGCAAUGACAUAGUGCAAAACAGCAGGAGAAAGAAGAUACAAGACCUAGUGCAGCACUUUGCUACAGCCAUCAAGGAGGCAGCACCUCUAGUCAGAGAUGAGAAGAUCCGGCCAAAGAUUAUCCGUAUCUUCAACAUCUGGGAGGAGAGAGGAGUUUAUGAUGCAAAGUUUGUGUCUGAAUUAACAGAAAUUGUUGAAAAUGUUGGCACUGUCAAUGCCUCAGAGAAUGAGGUGGUGCUGUCUACUUUUCAGCCUGUGCAGCUUGUGGAAGGGAUCAGAGGAUUGCUGGCUCUCACCAAAACUACUGAGUCCAUGCUCACUGAUUUUAAGAACCAAGACUUCUCUCUUACUGAUGAGGAGAUCAAUCAACUACGCCAGACUGUCAAAGAACGUGGAACCAGUCGAGAGCGAAUGGAGGAAUUUGAAGAAGCAGUGAUUGCACUGGAAUGCUAUCUGGCUGCUGUGCAAAAGGAGGUGGAAGAGAGAACACAAGUAGUCACUCUUCUGGAGCAAGCAGAAAUUUUCUAUGAGACCCAAAGAGGGGAAGCCAGACUGGUUGCUAAUGCAUAUAAAAAUUUUGGGAACCGAGUGAAGUCCUUGCACAGCAAGUUAGUGGAGAAAGCCAAAACCCUUCCUGAAGGCAGCCCAGUGCCCUCACCAAGCGUAGAUGCCCCUUCCCCAGAGAACAGUGAUGAGGAGGACCUUUCCCUCCCAGACUCUGGAUCUUCAGGUUUGGAUUCAUUUUUGAAUUCAUCCAAGCUUGCAGACUUUGCCAAAGAUGCUUUAGGGGGAGGGAAUAGUGACCUGGAGAGCCGCUUGGCUGCAUUUAGAAAAAAUGAAGUGCCACCUAGAAAACCUUCGCCCAGAAUGAAAGGUACCCUCUCACCCCAAAUUACUGAUUCCACUAGAGAUGGCACAGAAAUUUGGGAUUCUAAAGAACCUAGAGAAUCAUAUUCACAUGAGAUGUGGGAGAUACGGGACUCAAGGGAAUCCAGGAGCUCUCGAAGCAGCGAGGAACGAAGAGACCCACAAGAAAUUCGUGACUUGAGAGACCUCUGGGAACGAGAAUCAGGGGAGCACAGGGAGUACAUAUCCAUGAGGGAGCACAGAAACUCCCGCUCCUCCAGGGACUCUAGGGACUCACGUGAUGGUGUUUCAGAGUCUCGGGAGCUGUACAGAAGCAGCAGCAGAGACCGCAGUGCGACAGAGUGGGACUACAGCCACAAAGUGAGGGACAGGGAGUACUCUCACUCCUCCUCAGCGAGUUAUGAUGUACCCACUCCAGUUCCUCCACCAAAGGAACUGAAGCCAAUGAGUGCUGCUGAGCUUCUUGAUACAUUUGGCAAAGCUUAUCAGAGUACUUCCAAAUCUUUUGUUGGAACUACCAGUAACUCUGGUGCAGCACUGUCUGACUACAAGGCUCCAAAAACUUCAACCAAUCCUAAUUCCUCAAUUCCUGAUCUCAGUAGACCACCCCCUGGUCUCUCAGGGGCAAUAACACCUAGUAAUCCACCUACUACAGAGACAUCUUCAUACACUUCCCUGCCAGCCACAACACAAGCACACUACUCCCAGACAUACACAUCACUUGAUGAAGCAUCACCCAAAGCAACUUAUGUUGCUGCAGAACCUUACACAGCUUAUGAUCCAUCUCCUAAUUGGGCCCCUCCUCCUCCCCCACCUCCACCACCUCCUGAAUUGCAGCGAGGUAGUAUAGAUAGAUCUGCACCAGACUAUGACGUGGCGAGGAAUUACAGUUCAUCAUGGUCAGAAUAUGAACCAUAUGGUGCCUCCGGAGAGGUGAACGAUGAUGAGGCAGACAACCGUAACUGGGGAGAACCUCCUGGCAAUGAAGAGUUGCAAGCUCUUGCUACAGACACACCUUCCUCGCCACCAUCCUUUGAAAAGGGAUUUGCUGGGGCUCUUCUUCCUCCUCCUCUUCCCCCUGCAUUUUGUGCACGUAGCAACCUUCGGGAACUAGUAUCGGAGGGGGAAGACAAUGACCAAAGAACAAAUUUAGUGAAUAUCCAGCCCAAAGGUGAAGAUAGUGAUUACCGGUGUUAUGAUUAUAGCUUUCUGUCAGAUCAGACAGCAGAGACGAGGACUGAGAAAGCACCUUCUAUUACCUCCCUGUUUUCAAGUGGAGAUGACUUGGACCUGCGAGUUAAAAAAUCUGGGCUGAAGCAAAGUAAGGAUGAUUCUGGUUCAGAUAUGGACAUAAGUGCCUCAGGUUCUGAGGAUGACAUGGAAAUUAGUGAUGAAUCUGGGAAGGAUGCUGUCAGUAAGAAAGGUGACAAAAAAGCUGAAAAGAAGAGUCAUAGCAAAGAAAAUAAUAAAAGUCAAACCCAAAAAAAGCAAAAUCAUACCAAGGAAACAAAAUCAGGAGAUAUAGAUAGUAAGAAAAAAAAUUCUUCCAAUUUAACAGUCAGUGUUGAAAAUACAAAAACUUCAAAUGAGAGUAAAGCAUCUCAAAAUGAGUCUGAUAGUGUUACAUCAAAGAAAAGUGAUUCAAAGACAAGUACCACAGCAGUAUCUUCCAUUGUUGAAAACACAAAAGCCUCAAAAAUAGAACCAGUGAAAGGAGAAAAAAGAAAGUCUGUAGACAGUGAUAAUGGUAAUAAUGCCAAAGUACAAAAAACAGUCACUGGAUCAGGAAAUGAUUCCAUACGUGAAGUGAAUGAUGAUAAAGAUGAGACUGAAAAAGGAAGGGAUUGGUAUAAAAACUUCACCCAAGCUGGAGAAGAGAAGAAAAAUAUUGAAGAGCCCAUACCAACUGUUGUGGCCAAGGCAGGGGGAGGGGGAAGAGGUCAUAAUAACUCACGGGGCACUGAGGAAACUAAUGUAAUAGAUGUGAUAAAGAGCUUAGAUCGAGAGUUUCAUCAACAGCGAAGCAAAGGCAACUUCAACUCAAAUCAUAAACGUGGCGGUGGUUUCCCAAGUGACGGAGGAAGUCCCCAACGUGGUAAUGGAGGUUUUUUCAAGGGAUCUAAGCAACCUCGAGGGAGGGGACCAGGUGGGCCAGGCUUUUUCCCUCUACACCGGGGCCGGGGAGGACCCCAUGGUCAUCAUCCAUUUGGACCCCCUGGAAGAGGUUUCUAUGGUGGUCAUGAACCGUUUGCUCGGGGCAGAGGAGGGAGGAGAGGGCACAGAGGGAGAGGGCGAUGGUAAGCAUUGGUAUAAGAAAAAAUUGAACUUUGCUACUGGAUGAAGAACUUGUGUUUCAUUUUUCUUUGGCUCUGAAUUUUAGAAAUUCUAUACUUAGAAACAUGAAUUCUUAAAAUUUCAAAAUUAUUAUUGAAGGUACAAAAUUUUCACCAUAUUUGAAAUCCUGGGCCUGCUUUCUUGAAAUCACUUACUUUCUAUUUACACUUAGAUGAAAGAUUUUUUGUAAUGUGGUUUACUUUCCAAGUUUUCCUAUGUAUAAAGCAUUUGUGACCAUAAUUAGUUGCUUACUGAAAUGGUAAGUAACCAAACUUAAUAGAAUUUUAGUAUAUGUGAUUUUGAAAGAAAGACAUAGGAAGAGUGAA